UGCCGCGAUCAGAACCCGCAGGGCCACGACCGCAAGCUUUACGGCGGCAUCAACGCAUACCGCUCCCGCUCCCGCUCCCCUCGCGUGCUUUGCGCUGCCACCGUUACCGCCUUUCCUGCGCCUAUAAAACGGCGCCCCUGCCCCUCAAGCCGAGCGCCAGUUCAAAGCCUCAGCGAGGAGGGAGUGAGAAAGAGAGUGAGUGGAACACGAGAGAAGCUAGCUAUAAGCAGCCAUGGCGACCCCCGAUGACUGCGGCACCUGGCUGCUGUACCUAUCCCUGGCCGCCAAAUGCGGCGGCGACAAUCCUUUCCGCCUCGCCGGCUUCCUGGCUGUCUGCGCCGCCGCCUGCGUCGUCACCUGCCUCCUCCACUGGUGCUUCCCCGGAGGACCGUCGUGGGGGCGGUGGUGGUGGGCGCGGCGGGUCGGCGGCGCGGCGGCCGUGCCGGGGCCGAGAGGCUUGCCGGUGAUCGGGAGCAUGUGGCUUAUGACGGGGCUCGCGCACCGCAAGCUCGCGGCGGCGGCAGCGCGCCUGCGCGCCAGGCGGCUGAUGGCCUUCUCCCUCGGCGAGACCCGCAUGGUGGUGGCCGCGCACCCGGACGUGGCCCGGGAGAUCCUCAACAGCCCGGCGUUCGCGGACCGGCCAAUCAAGGAGUCCGCGUACGGGCUCCUGUUCCACCGCGCCAUCGGCUUCGCGCCCCACGGCGCCUACUGGCGCGCGCUCCGCCGCGUGGCGUCCACGCACCUCUUCUCCCCGUGGCAGGUCGCGGCCUCGGGCGCGCAGCGCGCGGUGAUCGCGCGCCAGAUGGUCGCCGCCGUCAGGGACAUGUCGGCCGCUGCCGGGCGAGGCGACGUCGAGGUCCGCCGCGUCCUCCGCCGCGGGUCGCUUCACAACGUGAUGUGGUCGGUGUUCGGCCGGCGGUACAACCUGGAGCUGGACCCCGCCAAGGAGAGCCCCGAGACGCGGGAGCUGAGAAGCCUCGUGGACGAAGGCUACGACCUGCUGGGCGUGCUCAACUGGUCCGACCACCUCCCCUGGCUCGCGCGAUUCGACCUGCAGGGCACCCGGGCCAGGUGCGCGCGCCUCGUCCCCCGCGUGAACCGCUUCGUCGGUGGCAUCAUCGACGAGCACCGCGCGGCCCGGAGCGGCCUCGGCGCCGCCCCGCCCGCCGUCGUGGACUUCACCGACGUCCUGCUCUCCCUGGAAGGUGACGACAGGCUCGCCGAGCCUGACAUGGUCGCCGUCCUCUGGGAAAUGGUGUUCCGCGGAACUGACACCGUGGCCGUGCUGAUGGAGUGGGUGCUGGCCCGGCUGGUGCUGCACCCGGACGUGCAGGCCCGCGUGCACGGCGAGCUGGACCGCGUGGUCGGCCGCGGCCGUGCCGUGACCGAGUCCGACUCGGCGUCGCUGGUGUACCUGCACGCCGUGAUCAAGGAGGUGCUGAGGCUGCACCCGCCGGGCCCGCUGCUGUCGUGGGCGCGGCUCGCCACGUCGGACGUGCGCGUGGACGGGCACAUCGUCCCCGCCGGCACCACCGCGAUGGUGAACAUGUGGGCCAUCACGCACGACCCCGACGUGUGGGCCGAGCCGGCGGAGUUCCGGCCGGAGCGGUUCGUCGCUGGGGCGGCGGCGGCGGAGCUCUCGGUGAUGGGGUCGGAUCUCCGGCUCGCGCCGUUCGGGGCCGGGCGGCGCAGCUGCCCCGGGAAGAGCCUCGCCAUGGCCACGGUGGCCUUCUGGCUCGCCGCGCUGCUGCACGAGUUCGAGCUGCUGCCGUCGCCCGACCCGGCGCGCGGCGUCGACCUGUCGGAGGUGCUCAGGCUGUCGUGCGAGAUGGCCGCGCCGCUGGCGGUGACGGCGAGGCCCCGGCGAGCGGUGUGAUGACGUGCGCGCGCGGGGCAGCCAUGUAUCGUCAUCGGACAGUCAACACAGUGGGCAUACGCGUGCUUGCUGCAGGCGCUGCUACUACUAGCGGUAACAAGUAAAGCGCCGUGCCGCUGCUUUUGGGGGGGCGUUGCUACGACUCGAUCAGCUCGCAAGCUGCUGCUGCUACUCGAUCGACAUGGGUUUGGGUAUAUGCUUUUCAGGUUACCAUCUCGGAUGGAUGCAUAUGGGACCAGGUGCUGAAUGUGAUAGUUUGGCUUGUAGCUACUCUCUUGUUCUUUCACUACUUUUUCUGGUGCUUGUGUGGGGAGAGAAGAUGGUAGUAAAAUGUAUAUGCUGGUUUGGAUGAUUAUGGAUUGUAGUUUACUUGCUAGUAUUGUCCUGUACUCCUGUUCCUGUAUGAGUCAUUUGUUUGUCACCUCCUAAAUUUCAAAAUUGGCCACCA